GUUAUCGGUAAACCAACUAGUAUGUCUCUAGUAUCGUUCGCGUUCAAACGUGCGCGAGCGCCGUUUAUUAUUAUUUAUAAAUAAUAAUGUAUGGGUUUAAUUAAUAACGGUGGAGUCCAAAAGUCAUUUAGUGUAGAUAAGUGUUUGAAACAUAUUUUUUUUUUUUAUAAUAUCACGUGGAUUUUUAUAAUGAUUGCCACCAUGAACCACCACAUCUACUUCCGUAUCCUGGGCUAUCUGGUGACCAUCACGAUGCACAUCUCCAACAUAGUGGUGAUGAUGAGCUCCUUCCAUGGAGACGUCAUGAAGAACCAGCAUGUGAGGCACUUCAGUGAGAUGCAGUGCUUCUUCUUCACUUGUUGGACUUUUACCUUCCAGACAGUCCAUGCUUUGCUAGCAUUAUACAUGGACAUUCUGACUUUGAAGAACUCAAACUCACCUGACUUCAAACUGCCCAAACUCUUAGUCUGGUGCAGAGAAGCCUUAUUUUCUAUACUUGUUUGGCCAUCUACAGUUCUAGUCGUCACAAUCUUCUGGUCGCUCUACCUCUACGAUCGCCAGCUGAUCUUCCCCAUGGAUAUCGACCUGGUCAUCACGAAGGCUUCUAACCAUGUCAUGCACUCUUGCAUACUGCCUGCUGUAUUGUGGGAAGUCAUGUUCAGAAGAAGAGAGGCUCCGAGGAUUCAUGUGUGGCGUUUGAUGCUGGUUUGGUUGACUGCUGUUGUUUAUUUUUCUGUUUUAUUCUUCGUGCAUGCAUACAAAGGAGUAUGGGUGUAUCCUAUAUUUGGACUUCUCACUGGAUCAAUAUUUUUCUAUUUAUUCAUAGCUUUUGUUUUUGCUAUUCUUGUUCCUAUGUAUUAUUCUCAAUGGGCCUUAAAUUCUUUGAUAUGGGACUCAAGAAUUAUGUCGAAGAAAAUUACAUAAUAAAUAUUAUAUAUUUAAAAACAUAUAUUUAGUACAUUAGAUAGAUAAUGUUACAGUUGUAAGUGGUGAAAAAAAUAAUUAAAAAUAUUUUUAAGAUUUUGUAAACUGUUGUGAUAAUAGAUUUAAGUAUGAAUAUAAAAUAAAUGUGUUAUAAUGACUAGACCAUAAUGAUUU